AUGUAGAUGCUGUCCGUUUUGCUUACUCUCAGAGCCCAAUUUGCCAUAGAGCUCUGUUGUCUGGCCAAUUACUCAUCUGUUUAUAGCCAGACCUCUCACGAGCCAAAGGAUGCACCGCCAGUUACUAGCACAGAAGGCGUCUCUGCCUCCGUGUCUAUCAGUACAGAAGACGGGCCGAACUAUGAAAGUGUCUACGAUACGAAGGAGAUGGAGGAAAGGCUGGAUUGA